AUGCACGGACACCGCGUCGUGGCGUAUUACCCUGUCGUCGCAGGAGUGCCCAUUGCGAACAGGGGUGCUAGAUCGGGUAGCACGAAUGGCGGUGCUGGCGAGGGAGAGGUGGAAGCGGUUGACGUGGUGCUUGAGGUCGUGGGUUCGAAUCUCGAAACCACAGGAGCAGUGCAGAUGCAGCGUCAGCUGGUGAUUCGUGCGAAGAUUCUGGUCGCAGCAGAUGGCCUGCGAUCAGCUCUGUAUCUGAUUGAUAUCGGCCACGGGAAGACCUUUUGGCAGGUACGCGUUAUUGACCCUGAUAGCAAGCUGAAGUCCGAGCUGAAACUUACACCCUUUGGGGGAUUCGGGAAACCAGGUGUCAAGGACCGGUUGAUGUGCCACGUCAGCAAGCACAUUGCAGACCCCUCAGCCCAUGACACCUGGCAUACCGUGCUCCAGGCGGUUACCACAACGGACCCCGGUAACAUCUACGAGCGGUGGAUGAUGGACCGGCCUCCUCCGAAGGAUUCUUGGAGCGACCCCAAGUGUGGUAACAGGGUUGUUCUUAUGGGGGAUGCUGCACAUGCCAUGCACACUGGCCCAGGGCAAGGAGCUCAGAUGGCAUUUGAAGAUGCACACCAGCUGUCCAUGUGCCUUGCUGAUAUCAAGGACGUACUCGCCGAACCUGCUGCCGUGGCUGCUGCGGUUCGGGAGUACGAGGCUCGGCGGAUCGACAGGUGUGUGAGAGUACAUGCAUACGCCACUGCAACACAUGGGUUUGGAGAGGAAGGGAAACUUGCGAAGGCUCUUUCUCCGUCUGAGAAAAUGAAGAGGUUCAUGGAGUUCAGGAGUUGGGUCCACGCGUAUCCUGACAAGAUCAAAGGUGACCCUGAAUCUACCUACUUUAAAUGA